AUGGUUCAACAAGGUAUAGUUUUAGGCCAUAUUGUGUCUGCUGAAGGAAUAAAAGUCGAUAAAGUUAAAAUAGAUCUUAUUUCUUCUCUGCCUUACCCCGCCUCUGUGCGGUUAGUUAUUGAAGUUGAUGAAGAUAAAAUUCCAAUCAAUGAAGAGUUCCUCGAUGAGCAACUUCAUGCCUUGAGCUCAGGAACUCCUUGGUAUGCCGAUUUGAAAUAUUGUGUUGAUCAACUAAUCAGAAGGUGCGUACUUGAUUCUGAAUUUCUUUCUAUACUAACCUUUUGUCAUUCUUAUGCUUGUGGAGGACAUUUUGGACCCAAGAGAAAUGCAUGCAAGGGUUUGGAAAGCGGAUUUUACUGGCCCUCUAUAUUCAAAGAUGCAUAUGAUAUAUGUAAGGCUUGUGAUAAUUGGCAAAGGACAGGUACAUUAGGUCCUAGGAAUGAAAUGCCCCAUACUCCUAUUUUAUUUUGUGAAAUCUUUGAUGUUUGGGGUAUGGAUUUCAUGGGACCCAUCCCCUCUUCUUUCGGUUUUCAAUAUAUUUUGCUGGCUGUCGAUUAUGUUUCGAAAUGGGUGGAAGCUAUAGCCAUCAGUACUGAUGAUUCUAAAGUGGUUCCAGAAUUUUUGAAAUCGAACAUUUUUGCAAGAUAUGGAUUUCCGAGGGCCAUUAUCAACGAUAAGGGGACACACUUAUGUAAUAAAACCGUAGGAGCUCUUUUAAAGAAGUACAAUGUGUUCCAUAGAGUCUCCACGGCAUACCACCCGCAAACAAAUGGACAAUUUGAAGUUUCUAACCGGGAAAUCAAAUCCAUUCUGGAGAAGACUGUGAAUCCAAACUGGAAAGAUUGGAGUCUCCGCAUCAACGAUGCUCUGUGGGCAUACGGAACAGCGUAUAAAACACCGAUUAGGAUGUCUCCUUACAGGCUAGUGUUCGACAAACCUUGUCACCUUCUAGUAGAAUUGGAACACAAAGGUUUUUGGGCCAUGAAGCAAUGCAAUAUGGAGAUGGAUGCAACAGGUGAGCAAAGGAAACUUCAGUUACAAGAGCUUGAUGAAAUCCGAAAUAAUGCUUUUGAGAAUGCGAGAAUUUACAAGGAGAAUACUAAGGCAUUCCAUGAUCAGCGCAUCACACGAAAGACAUUUACAGUUGGCCAGAAAUUUCUCUUGUACCAUUCUCGACUCAAACUCUUUCCUGGUAAACUUCGUUCUCGAUGGGUAGGGCUGUUUGUUGUUACCAAGGUAUAUGACCAUGGUGCGGUGGAGAUUCGUAGUGAGGGCACAGGGAAGGAAUUCAAGGUGAAUGGUUAUUGA